CUCUGCGGGACCCUGUGCCUGCUGCUGCCGCCGCCCGCCGCCGCCUGGAGCCCGGCCCUGCUGCCGCCCGCCGCCCGCAGCAACUGGUGCUCCUACACGGUGACACGGACGGUGUCGUGCCACGUCCAGAACGGGACCUUCCUGCAGAGGGUGUUCCAGGGCUGCCGCUGGCCCCUGGCCUGCAGCGGGGGCAGCUACCGCGCCGUGGUGAGGCCGCUCUACAGGGUGACCUACAGGACACUGACGGCGCUGGAGUGGCGCUGCUGCCCCGGACACGGCGGACAAAACUGCGAGGAAGCAGGCGAUGCCCCGCGGGGGGGUCCCCCCGUGCUGACCCCCCUUUCCUCGGCUCGCCCCUCGCUCACCCUGCGGGACCCCAGCGCCGCCGCCCGCCGGCCCCCCCUGCACCCCGCGGCCUUCUCAGGGUGCCUGAACUGCAGCCGUGUCGGGGAGCUCACAGCCCGGCUCGCCACCCUCGAGGCGCAGGUGGCGCGGCUGGCGGUGGCCGAGCCCCCCAGGAGCAGCAGCCCGGGCAGGGGGCCCGAGGCCGGGCAGCUCUGGGGGUCCCCGGCCGCCCGAGGGAGCCCCGGCGAUGACGGGAGACCCGGCUGGAGGGGCCCCCCCGGGCCCCAGGGCGGCGCGGGAGGACGGGGAGUGAAGGGGCCAGCGGGGCCACCAGGUCCCCCCGGCCCCCCGGGACCGCCCGGCCGGGAUGGAGCCCCGGGGCUCCCCGGAGAGAAGGGGUCCCCCGGGCCCCCCGGCCCCCCCGGCCCCCCUGCCCCGCUGGGGCCCGCGAUCCCCCGGCUGGCCGAGCCCGGGGACCCCGUCCUGUCCAACACCUUCACCGAAGCCACCAGGAGCGUCGUGGGUCCCGUGGGACCCCCCGGACCCGCGGGGCCGAUGGGUCCCCCCGGCCCCCCCGGGCCCGUCGGUCCCCCCGGGCCCCCCGGACCCGAUGGCAGGGCAGGAGCGCCCGGAGCUGCGGGGCCCCCGGGGGACAAGGGGGACACGGGUCCCCAGGGCCCCCCGGGCAGCCGCGGGCAGGACGGGGCACAGGGCCAGCCGGGCCCCCGGGGCCAGCCGGGCGACAGGGGCACGUGGGGGGAGGGUUUGCACCAGCUCCGCGAGGCGCUCAAGAUUUUAGCGGAGAGGGUUUUAAUCCUGGAAACAAUGAUUGGGCUCUACGGCCAGUAGCUUCCAAACCCUCCUGCGGCAGCAGGCCCGGCUGGAGGUCCUGGCUAGAAGGGUCACCUUGCUGGAAGCCAUCAUCU